ACAGUACAGAAGCUCCAACGAUUUCAGUUCAAUGUGGAACACCAAACGAGGAGGAUCGCACCCACAAGAAGUUAUUAAAUUGAAAAUUUUCGUGUGAAAAAUUUGGAAAUUUUUUAACACUUGAUAGAAGUAAUUAAAGAUUGGAUGCAUUGUGCUUAAGAACAUUGUAGUGAUUUAUCAAAAGGACAAAAGUUAUUGUUAUAAUUGAGCAAAAAAAGGUGUGCAAGCUAUAUAAAGAGAUCUAAUAUUUAGCCAAGACUUUUCCCUUGAGGAAUUUUCAUUGACGUCGACCAAAGUGAUUCACUCAGUAUUUUCUCGUGGGAAAAAUUAUAAAUAAAUUCUUCUAAACUUACCUAGAAUACAUGCAAAAGUGAUAGAUUGCCAGUAUUUUGAAUAUUAACUCAUACUAUCUUGUGACUUUAAUAACUUUAUAAUCGCGGAAUCUGAUGAAAAAGACAACACAAAAGUGAAAAGUUCUUUGACUCCUUGCUUUAUUAUAUCAGUGGGAAAUGUAUUGAAAAUUGUGUUAAUAAAUUUUCAUUUUCUAUACAACACCCUCGCAUCCGUUCUCUCUCUGGAUGUUGUAAUCCAAUUUUCUAUAUAAAGUUCAAUCGCGGAAAACGCAUUUGUGUGUGCUCGGAAUACCAAAAAUAACAUCCCGAUUGAUUGUAAAACCCAUCAAGAAGCAGAUCAACUGGAAAAUACCAGAGGAAAAACACUCAUUGGACUUCUGUUGAAUAAUUUCUAGGAAUUUUCCGGACAAGAAUGUCUUUCUGCAGGAUUACAGGGAGGUCUAAGGGGCUUCCUAAGCCCAAUUACUUCCCCCUUCUACCCCCAAUUUCCCCUGUUGAUGCCAAAAGAUACUGCAGGAUCACAGGGAAAGCCUACGGAUUACCUUCUCAUCAUUUUAUCCCUGUUCACCUAAGUGCAGCCACUCAGAAGAUCAAUUGCAGGAUCACAAAUGUAGCUGAUAAACUAGGACCGCAUCACUACGCCCCGGAUGUGAAUUAUGGUAAAAGGAAGCAUACAAUCUUGGCUGAUUAUCGAUAUGUCUAUCCGAUAUUUGACGAAACCAACGAUACCCAGAAGCACCUUUUGGACCUUAUGAACACCAAAAUAAUUGAUGAUGGGAAUUUUGUAUACCAAGUUGAAGAAAGGAAGUACAAUCUUGUCUUUCCUGCCAAAUUGGAAGCAGCCGUUCGCGAUGGGGAUGUCCGAGAUGUGAUGCUAGCAAAAAAUUCUGACACAAUCCUCCUAAAGAUGCGUCAAGGAAAGAAUGUUUCUGUGGAUCUUCAGGACUUCCCGGACGAGCAUUGUGUGAAUCUCUUCGAAGGCGAAGGACCACGUCAGGAUGUUCUCCUUGAGCGUGAGCGCGAGGAAAAGCGCAAGAGAAAACGCCAGAAAAAUCUCAGUCAAAUGACAAAGAUUUUCGAGGAGAAAGACAAGAGUGGCGACACCAAGUCUACGAGAAAAAUCAAAAAGAUCAAAACUGAAGAGAAAAAUCACAAUAGAAGUAUUUUUAUGCUUGAGAGUAAAGCCACGACAGCAUCACUAAUUUCAUCACCAGAAUGCGAUGAUUUGGUGAAUCCUCUGUUGGAAUCAUGGAAUUGGGAUACUUAUGAGAAAGUUGCUUCAUCGGUCAUCAACAAAAAAUCCCCUAUUGUCCUCCCUAGUCCAGUCAAAGUGACCCCUAUUGAGAUUGAACCUAGGGAUUUGUCCAAAUUGGACCUUGCAGUGAUAGAGAAUACUUCGGGAUUUGAAGCUAUUGCCUGCAUAAGUCCUCCCCCAAUUUUCAUCCCAAAUCCCAUGGACAGAAACAUUGUACAACACCUCAGAGAUUUAAAUGAAGAGGAUCUUGAGAUGACAGCAAAUGUGAAUGAGAAACUGGAAAGAGUUGAAGGCGGUAUUGAAAUGUUGCCAACUGAAUCUGAACUCCCACUUGUGCUUGAAAAUAUCAAGACAGGCAAAUCGAGUCAAUUGGCCAAUGUCAAGGGGCUCAAGUUGGACAUCAAUGCAGCCAGGCGAGUAUUCCUGGCCGGUCAGAAUAUUCCCACACCAGAUGGGGAUGUUUUUGUACCAGGGCAAACAGUUACAACCCCUAGGGGUCCUGUUUACGUUCCCGGAUUGACAAUAAACACCCCUCUGGGUGCUUCCUUUAUUCCUGGAAGCAUCCUCUCCGGUACGAAAGACUCUCCCAAUCAACCUGUUUUCGCAGCUGGACAAAUUAUCGACGAUGACUUCAUUCCCGGACAGACAAUUCACACCCCAAAUGGACCUUGCUUUAUCGAGGGACAGACAAUUCUAACUCCCGAAGGAUUCAAAUUUCUCGCAGGUGUACACGAUCCCAAAACCGAUCAAUUCAUCUGUGGUCAGAAUAUUUCCACCCCGGAGGGUGUUCGCUUUGUUCCUGGACAAACCAUUACCACAGAAGAUGGAGAAAAAUUCAUAGCCGGACAGAGUGUCCCAAGCCCAAAUGAAGAUAACGGCUGGAAGUUCAUCCAUGGUCAGACUGUGAACAAUGAAUUUCUCCCAGGAAAAGUAAUCUCAAGCGAUGAAGGAAGUAAAUUUAUCCCAGGUCUCUCAGUCGGUGACAAAUUUGUCCCUGGCAUCACGUCAUGCUGUGAUGAUGAAUUGACAUUUAUUCCUGGGAUAAAUGUGGAGACAAAGCAAGGUCCACAAUUCAUCGAGGGCACCAUUAUUGACACAGACAACGGCCAGACAUUCAUGCCUGGGAAAGUUUUGAAAAGUUCUGAAGGACUCUUUGACUUUGCUGUCGCUCAGUCCGUUCACGAUGUAAUCUUCCGUGAACCAACCCAACGGGGCUUUGUCAUUGAUCCACUGAAUUUUGAUGCCAGUACACCCAAUGUAUCUGUCUUUGGUCAUAUGAUUCAAACCCCAGCUGGCAUUGAGUUCUAUCCGGAGAAAGUCAAGGAAGAACAUCUUCCCCCAGGCAAAAUCAUCCCAGGGCGCCUAAUUCGUCAAGAUGAGGGAACAAAGUUUAUUCCUGGCAUAAAAUCCGACAAUGGUUUCAUCCCUGGCCAAUUGAUCUGGACAGAAAAGGGCGAGCAAUUUGUCCCCGGACAGGUGAUUGAGACAUCUGAAGGGUUGAAAUUCGUUCCUGGACAGGUUAUUGAGACAAAGAGUGGAAGUAAAUUUGUUCCUGGUCAGGUGAUGGAGACCAGUGAGGGAGCACGCUUUGUUCCCGGACAGAUUGUUCAGACAAAAUCCGGACCGACAUUUAUUCCCGGACAGGUGAUUACAACAGACGAAGAGGGUGAGAGAUUUGUACCUGGUCAGGUAGUAGACACUCCCGAUGGACCACGAUUUGUCCCCGGACGUGUCCUGGAAACCGAAGAUGGUGCAACUUUUAUUCCAGGACAAAUUGUCGAGACAGCAGACGGGCCCAAAUUCAUAGCUCCCGAUCUCACAGACAACGAAGAAGGAGAGCAGGAAUUCUCAGUUCAGAGUUUCCUUGUCACUCCGGAGGAAUUGAAACUGGUUAAAUCUUCAAAUACAUUCCCAACAGCCCCAAGUGAGAGGGGUGAGUUGAGUAUCGAUAGCAAAAUAAUGAGACAACUAUCCGAAGCAGGAAUGAGCAUAGGGAGACAGAUUGAAGCAUCAGCAGUAGACUUGGUACUCCAGAGUACAAAAGAAAAACAGAUAGUACAUCAAUUUGUGGAGAAUCUCACCCUCCCGGAACAACUCUCUGAGGAGAAAACCACCGAAAUGUUCGGGAAUAUAAAGUCAAUUGCACAAAUUGUGAGUGGGAGGAAGAUUCUUGAAAAUAUCACAUGUAGACAGGCUAAAUUCACCGAUGACGAUACAGUUAAAGCUGCCGAGUGCAUUGUGGAACUUGUCAAGAAAAUUGUCAGAGAUGAAGAUAAAUCUGUGAUGAUUUUUGAGACAAUUGCCCAGACACUUGAGGCACAUGAGGUAGAUCUUCUGAAAAUUGAGAAAAUUGCUCGAGAUCCCGCCUGUCAGCUCAAGAUCAUCUCCAUGAUACGUGAUUCACUCGAAAGAGACAUCAAUGAAUGUGAAAUCUUGCAGAAGAUCACCCAGUGUGCAAAUGUCGAGGAGAGCUGGAUGAUGAAUCAGAUUGGACAGAUACUUCGAGAUGAAAGCAUGAAUGAUUCCCUAAAGGCAAUUGUCAGUACUCAUCCAAAGAUUAUAUACAAGAUAAUCAGUCAUUUGAGAGACUCAAAGCACUCAAUCACUACCAAUGAGGCAGCCAUAGAAACGCUCCAUCGAGCUAUAAUCUCGGCUGUCGAGGAUGUCACCAAUGCUGACCUUCAACGUGUCUACCUGACGAAUGAACCAUCAGCUGACCAGCUCGUGAAAGAUGUCAUCUCUCUAGCCAAAGCCCUUGAACUUCCUGCCCUUGACAUUAACACAGGAUCUGCCAUUGAUACUCUCUCAGCCUUUCUGGCCACAGAACAAGGAGCUGAGCUCCUUCGUCGGGUCAUACUGAUACAUAAACUCUCAGAUACCAAUCCCAAUGUAGCAGAAGCCCUCGAUGAACUCCGACAGAGCCCAUUUAGCGUAAGAAGAAAUCCCCAAUUUUGUGAAUUAGUCCGACAAAGUGGAUGCCUAACGAUCCCUUAUGAAAAACGCCAACUCCUCGAAAACUCCUCCCAAUUGCCAAAUGCCAUUCUCUUCACUGACAACCAACUAGCCCUUGAAGACUUCCUAGUGAGACGUCGAGGCAAAAACCGUGGAGCAUUUCUUAUUGUCAAGAACACCUUCCAAGGAGUAGUUCCUCGAGAACUUAGUCGCGAUGUUCUAACAGGGAAAUGCUCCUACACGCUUUUGGACGAAGAUGGAAUAUGUCACUUUGAACCCCUUCAUGUCUUCACAGCCCUCAAUCUUGUCACUUCCCGACCACAGCACAGAUUCUCCAUGUACCACAGUGAUGUGGCAAUGGAAGAUUCUGGGCCAGGGGUUGAUGACAUCAUGUCAUCAGCUUCAAAAUGUACAGCCCUCGGAGCAGUUGCUUCAAAAAUGAUGAUGUACCGCGAUCAAAUUAAUUGUAUUCCCCUCCUGCGGAACUACCGACACUACCCCUAUCAUCUUCUUCCUUCACCCUUCUAUCCCCCUGUAUCCCAUGUGAUCGCUUCUGUUAGGUACUAAAUCUCUACAUUCUUCUGGUGAGGAUCAAUAAGCCUAUCGUGACUUCAGAUCCUUACCGAAAGAACGUUCUGUCCUAAGAAAAAUUCACAUAUCCUCACGUCGACCCAUUGUUCCAAGGUAGUAAGAGUCAUAAUCAAGAAAAGGAAUACUAGAAAUUGAUAUCUCUUGGUUAACACAUUAAGUUACUUAUUAAGCCCUUAAUAAGUACUUAACUUUAAGUAAUUGUAGACCAACAAACUACUUGUUAAAUGUGUGAAAAUGAGGCAAUUAUAGUACAAUUUUAUCUCGUGUUAGCCCUAUUCUCGGAAAUCGAUGUCUCCCGGCCAACACAUUAAGUACUUAUGAAUCCCUUAAUAAGUACUUAAUCUUAAGUAGUUGCAGAACAAUUUGUUGUUCUGCAGUUUGCUACUUGUCAAAUGUAUGGAAAUGAGAUAAUCCUAGUAACAUCUUACUUUGUGUUAGCACUACUGAAAAUCGAUAUUCCUUGCUAACAUAUUAAGUACUUAUUAAGCCCUUAAUAAAUACUUAAUUUUAAACAGUUGUAGAACACCUAACUACUUGCCAAAUGUAUGGAAAUGAGACGAACCUAGUAACACGUUACAUUGUGUUAGCACUACUCAAAAUCAAUAUUUCCUGAUAACGCAUUAAGUACUUAUUAAGCUCUUAAUAAAUACUUAAUUUUAAAUAGUUGUAGAUUGUAGAACACCUAACUACUUGCCAAAUGUAUGGAAAUGAGACAAUAUCUUAGUAACAACUUACCUCGUGUUAGCCCUACUGAAAAUCGAUAUCUCUCGGCUAACACAUUAAGCACUUUUUAAGCCCUUAAUAAGUGCUUAAUUUGAAGUAAGUGUAAAACACCGAACUACUUGCCAAAUGUUUAGAAAAGAGACAAUAUCUUAGUAACAUCUUACCUCAUGUUAGCCUUAUUUCCGGAAUUCGAUGUCUCCCGGUUAACACAUUAAGUACUUAUUAAGCCCUUAAUAAGUGCUUAAUUUUAAGUAAGUGUCAAAUAUAAAACUACUUGCCAAAUGUAUGGAAAUGAGACCAUCCUAGAAACAUCUCACCUUAUGUUAGCACUAUUGAAAACUGAUAUCUCCCGACUAAUACAUUAAGUACUUUUUAAGCCCUUAAUAAGUACAUAAUCUUAAGUAGUAAGUGCAGAAAAACGAACUACUUGCCAAAAGUAUGGACAUAAGACAAUUCUAAUAACAUCUCACGUGUUAGCACUAGUGAAAAUCGAUAUCAAUUGCAAACACACUAUCUCCAUUAAGCCCUUAACAAGUGCUUAAUUUUAAGUAUUUGUAGACCAACAAACUACUUGCCAAAUGUAUGGAAAAAUGAGACAAUCCUAGUAACAUCUUACCUCGUGUUAGCACUACUGAAAAUCGAUAUCUCCCGGCUAAUACAUUAAGUACUUAUUAAGCCCUUAAUAAGUGCUUAAUCUUAAGUAGUUGCAGAACAAAUGUAUGGAAAUGGACAAUCCUAGUAACAUCUCACCUUGUGUUAGCCCUAUUUCCGGAAUUCGACGUCUCCCGGCUAACACAUUAAGUACUUAUUAAGCCCUUAAUAAGUACUUAAUACAAAUAAAUUUUCUUGAAAUUCUUUAAUUCGCAUAAUUUUCCUAAAAUACCUUCACCUGCAAAUGGAGACUAGGAGAUAUGGAGAAAAUUGAAAAAUCGUGGGAUGUCUGCUCUCUCUAAAUGCGAGCAAUAAAAUAGACCAUACACCUUAUAUAAUGACCCAAAACAUUGAAAAUACAUUUCUGAGUGACUCAGUUUAGGAAAAUUGGACAGGGAAAAAGCCGAUUUUUCGAGGUAAACAACUGCCAGAGAUUUGGCCCAAUAUUUGACUUCAAUUAAAAUAUCACAAAGUAAAACAGAAGAGCCAGAAGAUUAAUUAGGAUUCCCAAUUAUACUGAUUCACUUGCUGUCACUCAUUCUUUUUAUAUAUCAAAAAUUUAUUUACAAGAAGAAAAAAAACUCUUAUAUAUUGACAUAAUUAAAAGCAAUGUAUGUAUCAUGUAUGAAAAAUUAUUGUAAUAAAAAAAAAACACUGUGAAUAAAAAUGAGGUUUUUCUAAAUAAA